UCGCCCCCAUGAGUACCGGGCUGCUGAAGCUGGGCCAUCGCCUCCUACUUCCACCCUGACUGAAGUCUGUGGCUCUGAUUCCACACCUGAGGAUCUGAGGAAUUGGGGGAGUGCUGUCUCACCGUCACUGGUGGUGGAAGAAAGGCGAUCACCCAUACAAAAUAAUGCUGAAUACUGAAAAUUUCAAGGCAGAGUGAGCACAAGGUGGGCUGGAAGAGUCAGAAGAGUCUUUCCAGAAGAGGGCUCAGGAUGCUGCUGCUGGGAGCUCUUCUACUGCUACUAGCCCUGCCCAGUCAUGGCCAGUACACCACGCAAGGGCCCCCGCUGCCCAAGGGGGCCUGCGCAGGUUGGAUGGCAGGUGUUCCAGGGCAUCCUGGCCACAACGGGACCCCAGGCCGGGAUGGCAGAGAUGGCACCCCUGGUGAGAAGGGUGAGAAAGGAGAUCCAGGUCUUGUUGGUCCUAAGGGUGACACUGGUGAAACUGGAAUCACUGGGAUUGAAGGUCCCCGAGGCUUUCCAGGAGUCCCAGGCAGAAAGGGAGAACCUGGAGAAAGUGCCUAUGUAUUCCGCUCAGCAUUCAGUGUGGGACUGGAGACCCGGGUCACAGUCCCCAAUGUUCCCAUUCGCUUUACCAAGAUCUUCUACAAUCAGCAAAACCACUACGAUGGCACCACUGGCAAAUUCCUCUGCAAUAUUCCCGGGCUGUACUACUUCUCCUACCACAUCACUGUCUACUUGAAGGAUGUGAAGGUCAGCCUCUACAAGAAUGACAAGGCCCUGCUCUUCACCCACGACCAGUUCCAGGACAGGAACGUGGACCAGGCCUCUGGCUCCGUGCUCCUCUAUCUGGAUAAGGGUGACCAAGUCUGGCUCCAGGUGUAUGAGGGUGAAAAUCACAAUGGGGUCUAUGCAGAUAAUGUCCAUGACUCCACCUUCACAGGCUUCCUUCUCUACCAUAACAUUGAAUGAGCACCAUUAACUCAGAAUCUCCAGUGGGCCAAGCAGCCCAAAGUGAAAGAACAGUCCACAGGUCUACAGUGUAGUUAGGGGACCAAUUUUAUUAUCUAGCUGGGGGAUUCUGAACAUCAUUCAUGCAUUCAUCGAUCAAGUACCUUUUUUAAGAAAUGAUAUACUAUGUUCCCAGGACAGUCUUGAAGAAGACAUGUCCCCUGGCCUCAAGGAUCUGUUAUGUAGUGGUAAUGGAAGGAUUGAUAACAUUUGCUGGGGAGUUUCAUAUACAUAACAAGAUAACUAACUACAAGAAGGUAUUUGACAGUGAUAUUCUGUGCCUGCUGUUUUUCCUUAUGUUCUUGGCAAUCCUGUGAAGUACAUAAGAAACUAUUCUUCUCUUUUUCACACUUGCAGUCCUGAGGAUGAGAGAACUGUGUGCCUAAGUCACACAGGCAUUACGUGGCAGAGUUAGAAAUCCAACCCCGGGCUGUGGACCUUUUCCAGUAUAUUGCGUCUGUUGUAAGGACUAUAUAGCCUUUUGGUAGGGUAUUGGUAGGGGUCUCCCCCCAACUCAUCUGAGGACCUUUGAACUGGCCUUCACCACAUGUUAAGCCUUUCCUUUGAAGCACUCCCUCAGAGAAGGUGGUUCCAAGACUAGGUCCCAUUCCAACUAGACCACUCCAUACUUCCUCUUCUCUAUGUCUUUCCUCAGACCCUUCUCUCUGGCCCAGAAAGUUGACUCCAUCUCCACAUGUUCACAUCUUCCCUAUUCCUCAAGACCACCAGGUUGGGAAGCUUCUUUGAUGUGAUAUCUUUUCUUUCCUACAAGUCUUCUCACGCCUGGGCCCCUCUGCCCUUCCACGUGUCACCAAGGAUGAGAGUCCUGGGUCUGCAAGACAUCCUCCCGAAGCCCAGGGAUAAUUACCCACAGAGGAUCAUGCUUCCUGCACACUGAGUCCCCUUCCAGGUCCUUGAUGGAUGCCUAAUGAAGAUCAAACUCUUGAACCUCCUAUCUACCCAGAGUUAACUCCAUUUCUGUCUUUCCAUAUAACCAAUCCCUAUCUACAAAAACAGUCUUAUUUUAGGAACUCCUUGAUUUUAAACUCCUAAUCUUUGUUCCACUGGAUGGCUUGAAUCUUUUCCACUGAGGUUAGGGAUGACUGUGCUUUCCAGGACACUUAAAGAAUUUUCCCUUAAGGAAGUAACUUGAGCUUGCAAUGCAAAGCCCAUGAAAGAAGUUGGAAACUAUUCUUUCUUUGAGCACCAACAGGGUCAGGGGAGACCUGGGCCUCCUGAAUCUACUCUUGCUCUUUAGGAAGUGUUAAAAAAAGAAAGAAAAUGAAGAAAAGAAAAUGAUAACUGAGGUGACUAUUUUAAUUAGCUUGAUUGUAGUGAUUGCUUCAUAAUGUAUGUCUCUAUCAAAUCAUCAAAUUGUACACCUUAAAUACAUGUACUUUGAAUUGUUAAAUAUUCCUCAAAAAAAAAAAAAGGAAUUACAGAUAGUUGAUGGUGGUAAACAUCCUCUCAGGAUGAAGAUGAGUGAUGCUCUUCAAAGAUUUUAGCAAAAGCAGAGCUAAUAGCAUUCUGUGUAAAUAUAGAGAUGGAAAACUUAGCUAUUUGCUUGCAGUUUUAAAUUCUGAAUGAUUUUCUUUUGACUAUUCAUUAGGCAAUUAUGAUAUCUACAUAUAAGUCUUAGUUUUUUAAAAUAAUUGUAUAUCAUUAUUUUCUACAAAUAAAGAUCCUGUCCAGCAUUAAAAGUAGAACACUUA